AUGCGCAACAUUUUUGACAAUCAUUUCAACGGUGCAACUGCUCAAGUAACCAUUGGCUACGGUUCCGAAAACGGUUUGAGUCCUGCUGUAGCAUCGAGGUCUCAUUUGGUGGAAGAGAUCGAUCCACUGACUGCUAUUUCGAAACCAUCUUUGAAAUGGAAUGCCGAACAAGCAGCACUGUACACCGUGGUUAUGAUUGACGCUGAUGCUCCAUCAAGAAAAGAUCCGCAUCUGAGCGAAUUCCUGCACUGGCUUGUGAUUAACAUUCCUGGACAAUCUAUUAACAGAGGCAGCGAAGAAUUCCCGUACCGUCCUCCAAGACCACCAGUGGGUACAGUUCUGGUCUUAUUCCAACCCUUGCAGAAAGUUGGUAACGAUUCAGUUGAAAAGCCAGCAGAUAUCAGAUAA